CCACUUUGGAGCAAAACUAUAAUCUAAGAAACAAAAAUCAUGAAUUUCUCAGGAAUCUUCUUUGUCUUGUUCUUUCUUCGCCUUCUGUCUCCAGCUCGGAGCUAUGAUCCCGGGUCGGGUCUCGAGUCACUCGCUCGCGGGAUGCUCGAUUCGGCGAAGGAACCUGAGUUCUUCGAAUGGAUGAGAGGAAUUAGGAGGAGGAUUCACGAGAACCCAGAAACAGGGUUUCAGGAGUUCAAAACGAGUCAACUCGUUCGAGACGAGCUUGACUCGCUCGGAGUCAAGUAUAAGUGGCCUGUGGCCAAGACUGGCGUCGUGGCCUGGAUCGGAUCCGGGUCGAAACCCGUUUUCGAACUCAGGGCCGACAUGGACGCACUUCCGUUACAGGCUUACAGGAAUUAGUGGAGUGGGAAUCGAAGAGUAAAGUACAUGGAGAGAUGCAUGCUUGUGGUAAUGAUACACAUGUUGCUAUGCUUCUUGGAGCAGCUAAGCUUCUGCAGUCCAGAAAACACCAAAUCAAGGGGACUGUGAAACUAGUGUUUCAACCAGGCGAAGAAGGUUAUGCAGGGGCCUAUGAAAUGCUAAAAGACGAGAUCCUAGACGACUUAGAUGGAAUUCUCAGCGUACAUGUCUUGCCAACAAUCCCAUCGGGUGGUAUCGGCGCUAGGCCUGGUACAGUUCUUGCAGGUGCAGGUUUGUUUUCAGUCACGGUUCACGGUCAAGGUAGCCACGCAGCUACACCACACUUGUCUAGAGACCCGGUUCUUGCAGCUUCUUCCGCUGUUGUUGCCUUGCAACAGAUUGUUUCACGGGAACUGGAUCCGCUAGAAGCUGGUGUGGUUACGGUUGGAUACAUUGAAGGAGGUCAUGCCUAGAACGUAAUACCGCAGUCUGCAAAAUUCGGAGGAACUUUCAGAAGCUUAAGCAACGAUGGGCUUCUAUUUAUCCAAAGACGAAUCAGAGAGAUUUCCGAGGCACAAGCCUCGGUAUACCAAUGCACAGCAGAAGUGAAUUUCGAACAGAAAAAGCCUUCACUUCACCCGGUAAUGAAGAACGACGAGGGGUUAUAUGAGCAUGGAAAACAAGUGGCGGAAGCGAUGAUCGGAAAGAAUAACUUCCAUGAUUUUCCGGUGACAAUGGGAGCAGAGGAUUUCAGCUUCUUCACUCAGAAGACUAAAGCCGCGAUUUUUGUGGUCGGGAUAAAGAAUGAGACGCUAGGCGCUGGUCAGCCGCUUCAUUCGCCUUACUUCUUUGUUGAUGAAGAAGCUCUUCCUGUUGGAGCAGCUCUUCACGCAGCCAUGGCAGUCUCUUAUUUGGAUAAACAUGGUCAUGGCUUCGACCGUGAGGUGAAGAGUGAGUUAUAGAAUAUGUUAGGAGAAAAAAUCAGCAUUUUGUUGUUUGUAAUGAACGAUCGAUCAUCUACUCGUCUUGAAACUUAGAAGUUGGGUGGGGUAUUUUAGUUAGGUUUCGGUUUGGUAAGAAGGGUAUUUAAUAUUAAACUGUAAUUUUGGU